CACCCAGAGGAGGCUGCUGAGCCCCGGGCCAUGGUCCCCUCUCGCAGGACGUGGAACCUGGGAGCCACGCCCUCACUGCGGGGCCUGUGGAGAGUGGGCCGGGCCCGGGAGCCCGAGCCGGGGAUGGCUCGCCCCGCCCCAGCCCCAGCCAGUCCCGCCGCCCGCCCUUUCCCACACACCGGCCCGGGGAGGUUGAGAACUGGGCGUGGAAGAGAUACCCUGGUUGGCAGCGACGAGGACUCCAGUGCCCGAGUAGCAGCUAGCCCGGCCCUAGCACGGUGCAGAGCCCUCAGCGUGGACUGGGCGGGCCCCGGGAGUCCCCACCGGCUCUACCUGACUGUGCAGCGGGCCCUGCAGAACAAGGGGUGCGAGAGCCAGAGUCAGGGGACGAAAGAAGACAAGCUCCUGAAGAGGCCGGUGCCGGCCCCCAGGCGGGACCCGGAGGCCCUGGAAGCUGGUGGCACCAUGAAUGUAGAGAAAACAGGUGGGCGGCUCUUUGGCAGCGGGAGGUGCUCCAGCCUGUCGGGGUCUCCGGGCGCAGCCCCUGUGGUGCAUAGGAUGGUGGAGGCCAUGUCCCAGCUUCAGGAGGAGAAGUGCCAGCUUCAGGAGGAGCUGGUGGUCCUACGGGAGAGGCUGGCCCUCCACGACAGUGACCAGCAAGCCACAUCUGCCCAGCUGCAGAACCAGGUGGAAAAUCUGAAGGAGAAGCUCAUCAGCCAGGCCCAGGAAGUGAGCCGACUGCGCUCCGAGCUGGGAGGCACCGACCUGGAGAAGCACCGGGACCGGCUGGUGGUGGAGAACGAGCGGCUGAGGCAGGAGCUGCAGGAGUGGCGGGCCCAGCCGGCGGGACCCUGCCCGGGCUGCGAGCACAGCCAGGAGAGCACCCGGCUCCGUGACCAGCUCUCCCAGCUGCAGCUGGAGGUGGCGGAGAACAGGGGCGCGCUGUCGGAGCUGAACCUGGAGGUGCAGCAGAAGACGGACCGGCUGGCCGAGGUGGAGCUCAGGCUGAAGGACUGCCUGGCCGAGAAGGCCCAGGAGGAGGAGCGGCUGAGCCGGCGCCUGCGUGACAGUCACGAGACGAUUGCCAGCCUGCGGGCCCAGUCCCCGCCUGUCAAGUAUGUCAUCAAGACAGUGGAGGUGGAGUCACCCAAGACCAAGCAGGCCCUCAGUGAGUCCCAGGCCCGGAACCAGCACCUACAGGAGCAGGUGGCCAUGCAGCGGCAGGUGCUGAAAGAAAUGGAGCAGCAGCUGCAGAGCUCACAUCAGCUGACCGUGCAGCUCCGGGCGCAGAUUGCCAUGUAUGAGUCGGAGCUGGAGCGGGCACACGGGCAGAUGCUGGAGGAGAUGCAGUCCCUGGAGGAGGACAAGAACCGGGCCAUCGAGGAGGCCUUUGCCAGAGCCCAGGUGGAGAUGAAGGCCGUGCACGAGAACCUGGCAGGUGUCCGAACCAACCUGCUGACACUACAGCCAGCGCUGAGGACCCUCACCAACGACUACAACGGGCUCAAGCGGCAGGUGCGCGGCUUCCCCCUGCUACUGCAGGAGGCCCUCAGGAGCGUCAGGGCCGAGAUCGGCCAGGCCAUCGAGGAGGUCAACACCAACAACCAGGAGCUGCUGCGCAAGUACCGCCGGGAGCUGCAGCUGCGCAAGAAGUGCCACAACGAGCUGGUGCGGCUGAAAGGAAACAUCCGGGUCAUUGCUCGUGUCCGACCAGUCACGAAAGAGGACGGGGAAGGACCUGAGGCCACCAACGCUGUGACCUUUGAUCCCGAUGAUGACUCCAUCAUCCACCUGCUGCAUAAGGGCAAGCCUGUGUCCUUUGAGUUGGACAAGGUCUUCUCCCCGUGGGCCUCACAGCAAGAUGUGUUCCAGGAGGUGCAGGCCCUGAUCACCUCCUGCAUCGACGGCUUCAACGUCUGCAUCUUCGCCUACGGCCAGACGGGCGCCGGCAAGACUUACACCAUGGAGGGGACCCCUGAGAACCCGGGCAUCAACCAGCGGGCCCUGCAGCUGCUCUUCUCCGAGGUGCAGGACAAGGCGUCUGACUGGGAGUACACCAUCACCGUCAGUGCGGCCGAGAUCUACAAUGAGGUCCUCAGGGACCUGCUGGGCAGAGAGCCUCAGGAGAAACUGGAGAUCCGGCUGUGCCCGGAUGGCAGCGGGCAGCUGUACGUGCCGGGGUUGACGGAGUUCCAGGUGCAGAGCGUGGACGACAUCAACAAGGUGUUUGAGUUUGGCCACACGAACCGCACCACCGAGUUCACCAACCUGAACGAACACAGCUCGCGCUCGCACGCCCUGCUCAUCGUCACGGUGCGCGGUGUGGACUGCAGCACCGGCCUCCGCACCACGGGGAAGCUGAACCUGGUGGACUUGGCUGGCUCGGAGCGCGUGGGCAAGUCGGGGGCCGAGGGCAGCCGCCUGCGGGAGGCCCAGCACAUCAACAAGUCGCUGUCAGCCCUGGGGGACGUGAUUGCUGCCCUCCGCUCCCGCCAGGGCCACGUGCCCUUCCGCAACUCCAAACUCACCUACCUGCUGCAGGACUCACUUAGUGGUGACAGCAAGACGCUCAUGGUGGUGCAGGUGUCCCCCGUGGAGAAGAACACCAGUGAGACGCUCUACUCCCUCAAGUUUGCUGAGAGGGUCCGCUCUGUGGAGCUGGGCCCUGGAUCCCGCCGCACAGAGCUUGGGUCCUGGUCUAGCCAGGAGCAUCUGGAGUGGGAGUCGGCUUGCCAGACACCACAGCCUGCAGCACGAGCCCACUCGGCCCCCAGCUCUGGGACCUCGAGCCGCCCAGGCUCCAUCCGGAGGAAGCUGCAGCCCUCUGCCUGACGGCUGGGGCUGCAGUGUCCAGGGAAGUCCAGGCUGGUGCCUGUGUGAGGACAUCCAUCCUGCUGGCCUGGAGCUGGACCCUAAGGCCUUGCUGGCCUGCUCCUGCUACAGCACCACAGGAGGAGGAAGGUCCUCUGCCCUGCUCUCUUCAGAGAUAAGAAACAUGUCCAGAAGGAAGUAGUGUCUCUCGGCUGUGGCUCUGGGCACAAUGUCAUGGGCUUAAAGGGCAGGCAGGGAUGGCCCGCCCUGCCUGGCAGGCCUGAGCCAUCCGUCGGAGCUGGGCCCUCACAGGGAGGGCAGGAGCGUGUGGGAGGGUGGGCCUCUGGCCCGGGCUGGCCCAUCUCUUCCCUAGGCUAUGGGCCUGGCAGCCUGCUCGGAGCGGGUAGGCUGAGGCCUCACGAAGGCACAGGAACCCUGGGAACAGAGCUGAGCUGGUGGGCACCAGGGGCAGCCUGUCCCUGCUCUCCUCCAAGGAGAGGGGGGGUCCCCAGCCGGGCGUGUACAUAGUGUGCCUAGGUGUACAUAGGCGCCUGGUCCUCCCUGCCACGGGGCCAGGCUGUAUUUAUGGCUGGCAGGUGGCCAGUGGGUGGGCCUAUGUCCCCCGCAUCUGCCUGGCACCAGGUGCUGUCCUUGCCCACUGGCUUCUUGACAUUUUCCUUCCUCCGAAAUCCUAUUUAAAAACUUUUGGAAGCUUAGCCAUUUUUACUUAUUAAAAUAAAAGCCUUUUUACACAA